UCUUCGUUUCAUUCACGAUAAGUUCCACGCGCAGUACAUGUAUUUAUAACGUUCUACGCCGCGUCCAGCAAAGUAUCUUGUUUGUCUGUUACACUGUCACAUCACGAUGGACUGGUCGUUGUUUUCGUCGCCCUUUGUCCUAUUAUUGAUUACUUUGGUCGUUAUUGGCGUCCUGAAAUUUGUGACUGUGCUGCAUCGUGGAUAUUUUUACUGGAAGAAAAAGGGCGUGCCUUACCUGCCAAAUUCGCUAUCGUCUAUGACAGUGGGUUGGAAAUUGCUUCUGCGUCGCAUUAAUUUUACCGAUUAUUGCCAAUAUAUAUACAAUUGUUGGCCGAAUGCUAAAUAUGUUGGACUAAUGGAUUUUAAUACGCCUAGCGUGUUAUUGCGCGAUCCUGAGCUGAUUAGAGACAUCAUGGUGAAGGAUUUUGAAUAUUUCCCAGAUCAUCGUAGUUUCGUUGAUGAAAACGUGGAACCGUUGUUUGGCAAGAACAUCUUCUCCUUGCGUGGAGAUCGUUGGAGAGAAAUGAGGACUACAUUAAGCCCCUCUUUUACCGCUAGCAAGAUGAAAUUUAUGUUUGAUUUAAUAUCGAAAUGCUCUCACGAUUUCGUUGAUUAUUUUGUCGAUCAUCCGGAAAUCUGUAAUGCAAUCGAGACGAAGGGGGCCUUCAGACGGUACACCAAUGACGUAAUUGCUACGGCAGCCUUUGGCAUAAGCGUGAAUUCUAUGAAGGAUCAAAACAACGAGUUUUAUACGAGAGGAGUGGAGGCUACCAAAUUUUCUGGUGGAUUUCUAACACUGGUUAAAUUAAUAUUUAUGCGUAUGUGUCCGUCGCUCUCUAAAUCAAUUGGUUUGACUUUCUUUCCACCGGCUACGUCCAAGUUUUUCAAGCAAAUUGUGAGAGAAACCAUUAGAGCACGGGAAGAGCAAGAUAUCAUCAGACCGGAUAUGAUUCAUUUACUAAUGCAGGCUCGGGACAAGGAAGGUGACAGUGUACACAAAAUGACAUUGGAUGACAUCGUUUCGCAAGCUUUCAUCUUUUUCUUCGCUGGUUUCGACACAUCUGCAACGCUGAUGUGUUUCGCUGCUCACGAACUGGCGGUUAAUAAAGAUAUUCAAGAUCGUUUGCGCAAGGAGGUGCAACAGCAUCUUGACGAGGGAAGUGGUGAGAUUUCUUACGAGGCAUUAUCGAAAAUGUCUUACAUGGAUAUGGUGAUUUCUGAAGUUCUCAGAAAGUAUCCACCAGUGAUUUUAAUUGAUAGGCUUUGCAAUAAGAGAUACGAAUUGCCUGCGUCGGAACCAGGCUGCAAAAGUGCAAUCAUCGAACCUAACAAUUUAAUAAUGUUUCCUGUUUAUGCUUUACAUCACAAUCCAGAGUACUUUCCGAACCCGAAUAAGUUCGAUCCUGAAAGGUUCAGUGAUGAAAACAAAGACAACAUUGUACCCUACACUUAUCUACCAUUCGGUCAUGGACCUAGAAAAUGUAUUGGCAAUCGAUUUGCUUUGAUGGAGACGAAGAUUCUGAUAGCUCAUCUUUUACAAAAAUUUACUCUGAAAACUACCGAAAAAACCGUCGAACCAAUCGUAUUCAGUAAAAAGGAAUUUACAUUGCAACCUGAUGGCGGAUUCUGGAUUGGCUUGGAGAAGAGAGAAACAUGAAAAUCUUGCACGCGUUAUGUUAUUCUACAAUAUAGUUAUAUGUUUUUUUUUAAUACUUAUCGCUGCAUUUUCAACGUUCGAAAUAUUCAACGCGUGUACGCACUUUAGAAGAUGAUUGAAGUGUACAAUAAGAUUUAUUUGCGAUAUAUUACGUCAUCACGCAAGACGAAUGCAGCUCACGUCGAAUGAUCAAGUUUUUGUUAAUAAGAUCGUAAAGAAAAAAUUAAGUAUUAGGUACGAUAAACACAUUGUGACUUGCGUAGACUCUCGAGUCUACUCAAUUAUAGGUACUUAUCGUUUUUAAUGAUUUAUGUAACUUUCACUUGUCUCUAUAUAGCUAUGGUAGAGACGAGAUAUCGUUCUUUGUAAGAGCGGAUAUCCCUAUCGCGCAAACUUUUUUCGCACUUUUUAUUUUUAAGACAAUUUCUUUUCUUAUUGUUUCAAAUUAUGUCCUUUAUAAUUUGUUAUAAAUUUAAUUUAAUGUUACGUUUUGAAUUGGUGCAAUACGCUGAUGCGGUACGCUGUACUAUUGCGUAUCGGCAUUUAUAAUAUUUACGAAAAAUAUAUUUAAAUAAUGUUUUUCUAUCAGUAGGAUUUUUAAAGUUCAAUAAAAUUGUCAUCUAAUAAGAUUUUAUUUUGUUACAUCAUCUAUAUAAAUAAGCUAAUUAUAAUAUGCUCAAACAAAGCGUUUGACACGUUUCGGAGAUUAUUACUAAUCAGGUAUGAUUAGUAAUAAUCAGAUUCCAUUCUCUGAAAUUAGAUACCUGAGAUUUAAAAAAAUCUUUUACACCUAAAUCAGUGCAAAAUGCGCAGAUAAUUUCAAUGUAGAUAAUUGAAAAUGAAUGUUUGCAAAUAAAAAUUGUUUACGUUAUUUCUGAGAAAUAUUUCUUUGAUGUUGAUAUGAGUUUUUUUUACAUUAUAAAAAUAUAAUAUAUCGUUGAAUUUUGUUAUCGCGUAAGAAUGAUAAGAUAAUGAAAAAUAAGAUAAACCAAGACUAUACAUCACAAUAUAAUGUUCUUGAAAGCCAAUUACAAACGCAAUUUAUCCUUUAAUAAA